AUGUCAGGUCGAGGGAAGCAAGGAGGUAAAGCUCGUGCUAAAGCUAAGACACGGUCUUCUCGGGCUGGACUCCAGUUCCCAGUGGGCCGAGUCCAUCGUUUGCUCCGCAAGGGUAAUUAUGCCGAGCGGGUUGGCGCUGGAGCGCCAGUCUAUUUGGCAGCUGUGCUCGAGUACCUCACAGCAGAAAUCUUGGAGCUGGCAGGCAAUGCUGCUCGAGACAAUAAAAAAACGCGCAUCAUUCCCCGCCAUUUGCAACUCGCCAUCCGCAACGACGAAGAACUCAACAAGCUUCUGGGUAGAGUGACCAUUGCCCAGGGUGGUGUUCUGCCUAAUAUACAGGCGGUCCUGCUCCCUAAGAAAACGGAAAGAAAAUCGGCUCCUGCCCCUAAGAAGGGUUCUAAGAAAGCCGUGACCAAGGCUCAGAAGAAAGACGGCAAGAAGCGCAAGCGCAGCCGCAAAGAAAGCUACUCUGUCUACGUCUACAAGGUACUGAAGCAGGUCCACCCCGACACCGGCAUCUCCUCCAAGGCCAUGGGCAUCAUGAACUCCUUCGUUAACGACAUCUUCGAGCGCAUCGCCAGCGAGGCUUCCCGCCUGGCCCACUACAACAAGCGCUCCACCAUCACUUCCCGGGAGAUCCAGACGGCCGUGCGCCUACUGCUGCCUGGAGAGCUGGCCAAGCACGCCGUGUCCGAGGGCACCAAGGCCGUCACCAAGUAUACCAGCUCCAAGUAAGCGGCUGCUCCAGGAGUCACCGACUUCCCAUGAAACAAAGGCUCUUUUCAGAGCCACCCACUUUGUCAGAAAAAGAUGCUAUUCACUUGUUAUAAACAAAACACAAAUGGCUUAUUUCCUUUAAGAAAAAACCUUUCAUAUUUAGGGGACCUGAAUUUAAAAUGCAUUCUAAAAUUACGGGGCUAAGAACCUUGUGUUCAGGUCAAUACCUUUUGUAACAGACGAUAUAAAGGUCGGUAAACGUCGGCCUUUUUCUUUUGCCCCACCCCCCCACCACCACCACCAUAGAUUAGAAUAGAAAAAACCUGCAAUUUGUUAGCGGGUAAUAGCUGAAUUUCAGACAACAUAGGUAAAUCGAUCUACAAUUAACGUUCUCCUUUGCCUCCACAAACCUCCCUCGCCCAAGGGAGUGGGGUAAUUUAAAAUCGCGUCUUUUUGGUUCGACCGUGGCCCUACGCCACGUCGGCUCCCGUUUGCCUAAUGGGCUUAUUUUUAAUAAAAGGUCUUUAUUCUGCCCCUGUCUGUCUGACUAUCCUCGCGAGACUGCGUGAAGAAAGGGAGUCAGAACUGCCUUAGGUUUCAGGACUAGCAGGUUUUGAGAACUGCCUCUUGUCAAUUACCUAGCUGUUUGAUCCUGGGCUUGUCUUUUAUCCUUCCUGCUCAUUACCUAGAGCAUAGCGAAGGUGCCGACCUGCAUUGGUAGGUGCUUUUCUAAUUGGUAGAGGGACUUCCUAAGCUAGUGAAAUCACAGGAUCAUUCCCUAUCCUAUCCAUGAAAUACCCGACGCAUUCUGGGAACUGGCGGGAAUGCCGUCUCCUUGAACGCUUUCCCUUUCCAAGAACUAUCUAAUUUCCUCUGUGUUUAAUCCGCAUUUUUUUCACCCUCCUAAUAAAGAGAAAGGAAUUCGCUUCUGACAACCUUUCUCCACUGUUUCAUGGAGAUAUAUAGAGAUCCUUCAAUCUCCAGUCGUAACCCCUAAAAAAACAGGCAUGAACCUAGGAGUAUCAGAAAGGGUCCUGAGAAGAUGCUGUUUUCAUUUUCCUCAAAGUUUGUCCUUUUUUCGUUUGACUAAUUCCGCUGCGGUUACGUUUUGUGAGGCAAAGGAAGAGAAAAAGGUGGUGGGGAAAGAAUUCUAUCCGAGGCUUUGGCGUUCGGGGAAGCUAUGCUUAGCAUUGCUUAGAACUCUCCAAGAGGAGCUGGAUUGGACGCUCCAGCAUUAGGCACGCUUGGUGACCAGUGACUGUGUAGCUGCGACCCGGCAGCUGUUUUCCUUCUUGCUGGGACAAAAAUUGGGGCUCCCUGAGGCUAUGUGGUGCUGGCUCUAAUGUGGAGAAGUCUGGAAAUAUAAAAGAGAUGGAGACAAUGGAGUUUGCCUCCUGAGCCCAAGAA